AUGAUCUCUAGAAUAUCUCAAGGACAGAUUCAGAUCCUGAGGUCUCAAAUUAAAGAGCCAACAUCUGUUUUUUCUCCGGGCUCUGAAGGGUACGAAAAAUGCGUGAAUAGAUGGUCGGCAGUUGGAUGUCAACGAGCGGGAGUCAUUGUACGGCCGAAGAGCACCGAAGAUAUUGCAAUCGCCGUGCGUUUUGCUAGAGAUAACGGACUGGACCUGGCAGUAAAGGGCGGAGGACACUCUACAGAUACCUCCUCCUCGAGCGAUGGAGGUAUCUUGAUCGAUCUUGGAAGCAUGAGACAGGUCAGUGUCAACUCUAUUGACUCAACAGUCACUGCACAGGGCGGUGCAUUGUGGAAGGAUGUGAACGAUACUGCUGCUAUGUUCAACCUAGCCGUAGUUGGUAGCACAGUCAGCCAAGUGGGAGUCGGGGGUCUCACUAUGCGCGGGGGAUAUGGGUAUCUGACUCCGAAGUAUGGGCUAGUCCUUGACAAUCUCCUUUCUGCCAAAGUGGUCACUGCGGAUGGGCGAGUCUUAUACGCAUCACCAAUCGAGCACUCUGACCUGUUCUGGGCGAUUCGGGGCGCUGGAGCGAAUGUCGGGGUGGCAGCGGAACUAAGAUUCCAGGCACACACACAGGCCAACAUGGUCUGGUGCGGCACGAUGGUGUUCGCGUGUGACAAAUUGACUGAAGUUAUCGAGGCACUCAAUGCUUGCCUGGUUCAUCCACAGGGAAACGCGGCAGCACAAUGCGUCCUUGCUCUGUCACCUGAUACUGGAGCCCCGGUUGUCACCACGGUACUCUUCUUCAAUGGCUCCCAGGAAGAAGGGAGUACACAUUUCUCUAGUCUUGUUGAUUUGGAAUGUAUCAGCACGAGCAUGGAAAUGAGACCAUAUGCACAGGCCAACACGAUGCUCGACGAUGUAAUGCCGCCGGGCGGAAGAAAAGAGAUGCUCGGAGUGAAACUUGUUCCACCUAUUCGGCCUGAGUUUGCCUCAGAAUUGCUGGAAGAAGUCGGCCGCAAGUUCACUGCAGUGCCAGAAUUGGCCAGCAGUUGUUUUGCGGUCGAUUAUUUUGAUCUCUCCAAAGUCGACGGUGUGCCCAUUACUGAGACCGCCUUCCCAACUCGAACCAAGACUCUUAAUGGAGUACUCAUUCUCCAAUGGAUUGAUCCAAGCAAGGAUAAAGACUUCAUAGCAUGGGGGGAAGAAAUCCAGAACAUGUGUGAAGCUGAGCUCCGGCGAGCUGGUCACGAGCCAGAUAAACUGGUGUCGACAUUCUUCGGCUACACGCACGAUGACAACUUAACACCUGAAGAUAUGUUUGGGGUUAAUGCUGAUGCCUUGCUCAAUGUGAAGAGGAAAUAUGACCCGGACAAUGUUUUCAACAAAUUGAACCCUCUUGCGCUGUCUAAAAUGUCGCUGAAAACUUUGAGCCGUGAUGCCUACCGAGUGGGAUGGAUAUGCCCCUUGGAGGUGGAACAGAUCGCGGCAAUGAAGAUGCUAGACGAAAACCACAAUCGUCUUCCGCAACCAUUCGGGGACACAAACGUUUACCGCCUCGGCAGCAUCAACAAUCAUAAUGUGGUCAUCGCUGGUCUUCCUCAAGCGGGAAACUGCCCCGCAGCCACUGUCGUUACUCAAAUGAGGAUGACCUUCCCAAAUCUCAGAUAUGCCUUGUUGGUUGGGAUUGGGGGUGGCGUCCCGACAAAGACCGACUCGGGAAUGAUCCGUCUAGGGCAUGUGGUCGUUAGUCAACCGAUGGGGGUCCACUCCGGGGCGAUACAGUACGACCAUGGGAAGGCGGAGGUGGGUCAUUUUGAACGCAAAGGUUUCAUCAAGGCCCCGCCAACGGCGCUUCUUAACGCUGCACGAGAUUUGGCUGUCCAACGCAAGCUGGUUGAUGAUGAUCCAAUUUGGAGGAACCUGGGGCGAAUCCAAACUAGCCGUCGAGGACUUCGCCACUUCAAGUUCCCUGGUGCCGUGAAUGACUAUCUUUACCCAUCCGACUAUACACAUGAGCAGAAAGGGGUAUCAUGUGAAGAUAGUGGAUGUGACCAGAGCAAGCGUAUUAAGCGACCGACAGACGAGGAAGAUGACUCGUUUAUUAUUGUACACCGAGGCACAAUAGCAUCGGCAGACGUAGUAAUGAAGGAUGCUGAGAAGAGGGAUGACCUGGCGCGGGAGCAUGGGGUUCUAUGCUUCGAAACGGAGGCAGCAGGAGCCCUUACCGAUUUCCCCUGUAUGGUAAUUCGAGGCAUCUCCGACUAUUGCGACUCGCAUAAGAACGACCAGUGGCAUGGCUACGCAGCGGCGGUAGCGGCCGCAUAUGCGCGGCAAUUAUUCUUCCAUAUGUCUAUGGAAGACGUGCAACGAAAUUCGAAUCCGAGAUAUAUAACUUUCGAGCUUCCACUUAACCUGUCCGAGAUAACCGAAGUGACCCGGUUCAUUGCACGAGAAGAUCAGCUUGAGAGAAUGAAAGAAAUCCUCGGCACAACUAUUGGACGCCGUACUGUCGUGGUGCAUGGGUUGGGUGGUAUUGGCAAGACACAGCUAGCCAUCGCACAUAUCAAACGAAAUCGCUCUCAUUACUCGGCGACAAUAUGGCUAAAUGCAAGAGAUGAAACAGCAUUGAAGCAAAGCUUUGCUCGUACAGCUGAGUGGAUUAUACGCCACCACCCGUCUUUUUCAUACAUUGCAGGUGCUUUGGAGAGCCGAGACCUGAAUGAGACGGUGAAAGCGGUCAAACGAUGGUUGGACGACCCGAUGAACGAUCGCUGGUUAAUCGUCUAUGAUAACUAUGAUAAUCCCCUAUCGGGCAACCAUACGGGGAAAGGUAUAAACCAUGCUUCCUCUGUCGAGGCAGGUACAUAUAGCGAUGACGACAAAGAUCUUGCAAAGGCUUUUGAUCUUCAGAAAUUCCUGCCCGAGACCGACCACGGUGCCAUCAUUGUGACCACGCGGUCCUCUAUGGUAAAGCUAGGCCGGACUAUUCACCUACGCAAGCUAGAGGAUAUCAAUGAUAGCCUUGAGGUCCUGGCUUCUGUGUCUGGUCGUGAAAAUUUGAAACGAGACCCUGCAGCUACUGAUCUUGCGAGGCAGCUUGAUGGACUUCCUCUGGCCCUCGCGACAGCUGGCGCAUACUUAGAGGAAGUUUCGAUUAGCUGUACCGAGUAUCUCCAGCUGUACCGAGAAUCAUGGCAGCAAUUACACGAAGAGACACCGCAACUGCCGGCAUACGAUCAAACAUUGUACUCGACAUGGAAUCUCUCAUAUCGAUAUAUUCAGCAGCAGAGUCCAGUUGCAGCUAUGCUUCUCCGACAAUGGGCGUAUUUUGCUAGUGAAGACUUGUGCCAUGGACUCGUUGAAGCUGAUCCGACUACCACAUUACAGCAUGUGGAGUCACGAGGGUAUAGCGUACACAGCUGCGUUCAUUCGUGGAUGAUUCAUGUGUUGAAUCAGGAGUUUGACAACAGUAUGGCCUGGACAGCAGUCGAAUGUGUAGCGGCUCGGGUGCCUGGGGAAGACAAACACGAAUUCUGGCUCUUACAACGGCGGCUUAUUGCACAUGCAGACAGAUGUUUGGAGACUAUGAGAAAUAUAGAAGUUAAAGGUGAGGCUGUGGGGGCUCUGCAUUCUUUGGGUUUGCUCUACGCGAAUCAAGGCCGGCUCCAAGAGGCAGAGGAGAUGUGCAAACGAGCGCUUGAAGGCUACGAGAAGGCGUGGGGACAAGAACACCACUCGACGCUGAAUACUGUUAAUAACAUCGGCGUUCUUUACACGUAUCAAGGCCGGCUCCAAGACGCAGAGGCGAUGUACAAACGAGUGCUAGAAGGCAAGGAGAAGGCGUGGGGGCAAGAACACACGUCGACACUAAAUACUGUUAACAACCUCGGCCUUCUCUACACGGCUCAAGGCCGGCUCCAAGACGCAGAGGCGAUGUUCAAACGAGCGCUAGAAGGUAAGGAGAAGGCGUGGGGGCAAGAACACACGUCGACACUAAAUACUGUCGAUAACCUCGGCCUUCUAUACACAGAUCAAGGCCGGCUCCAAGAGGCAGAGGAGAUGUACGAACGAGCACUUAAAGGCUAUGAGACGGCUUUUGGCGCGAUCUCGACUUUCACCUGUAUCCGAGCCUUGUACACUCUUAGGAACUUUGGCCUUCUAUGCGAGAGGAACGGGCAAGUUGAUACUGCUCUGCUGUAUUAUCAGCGGGCGCUGGUAGGCACAGAGGCUGUUUGGGGCCAGCAUGGCGAAGUGUAUACUUGGCUUUCCAAUAGAUUAAGUUCUUUUGGAGUAUGA